AUGAAGGUCAGGUCCAGCGAGCGCGUAGCUCGGAUCAACGAGCUUGAACUAAAGCACCAGGGCAAUGUCAACCAGAUGGAAUUGACGGGCCGCGACGAAGAAGCUCGUUUACUAAAGCUUCGACUGUUGACACUACGCGAUGAAAAUGCUUCGCUCAAGGACCGGCUGGUCCAGAGAGAUGCUCUCGUGAAGCAACUAUCCAAACAAAGCAGCGACACACAGGCCGAGCUCAAAACAUCCAAGUCGAAGCUCAAAGCUCAGGACACGCAAAUCCGAAAACAGAGUAAUGCAUUGGAAGAUCUCAAGACCGAGAUCGAUUCAUUAAACGAAUUUAGACAAGACUCAAACAAGGUCUUGCAGGAGAAGCUCGCCCUGAGCCGUAAGCUUGAGCAGAUCCAGCCCGAGCUCGAACAUCUCCAGUCACAACUCGAAAAUCAUCGCGCCAUUGUCGCCCAGAAGCAGGAUCUCGAACGCCAACUCAGUUCGGCUGAAGUCGAGCUCGAAAACGAGAAAAGGUCCAACCAACGGAUACAAUCAAAAAACCAAAACCACGACGAUGAAUGGAAAGAACAGUUCGAUGAAGCCAAGGGAGAGAUGGAGAGGCUUAAAAAAGAACAUAGCAGAGAGUUACGAGAAGUCCGUGGCGAAUACGAGAUGCUGGAGGGCCGCAUGGAAGACACAAAAAGCAAGUUGAAAAAGACACAGACAGACUUGAAGGACGCGCGAGCCGAGCUUGCAUCUUGCCGUGCCGAACUAGAGGAAGCACGUAAGAUGAUGGCCAACAGCAAGUUGAAUAAGAAGAACGCCGUGGUAAAAGAACAACUGGUCGGAAAGAGGCGAGCUCACGAUAUAAGUAUGGAGGAUAUCAGCAUCGGAACUCCUGGGCCAGAUGAAACCACUCUUCGGCGCCCGUUCAAGAAGCGAGGUGCUGAACAGGCAUUAGUCGGCGAGAAAUCGACCUUCUCUAUUACACCAUUCUUGAAUCGUAGCAAGAAUCUGUCUGAGGAUAUGUCGGAUGAGCCGAGCGAAGUCCAUUCACCGACCGGCAGAACUGUUAAUGGCCCGGAGCCCGUGGUACCUCUUGAGGAGGAAGUUGUGGAAGCUGGUGGUUCAGUCUCCAUUGAAGCGAUAGAUGAAGCUUCUGAAUCAGAUGACCAGGCAGAUGGACAUGUUAGUGCUGAAGAGAUUGAAGAGCCGAAGACUCAGAAAGGGCGAGGCAGGCCAAGAAAGGCUCUUGAUGAGGCACCAACAACAAAGAAGAACAUGCCUGUACCGGCAAAGAAAAAGGCAAAGGCAACGAAGGCUCCCGGCAAACUUGCCGCGGUGAGUGAGGAAGCUGAGAUUGGUGAGGCGGUAGCUGAGCCUUCCGCAAGGCCCAAGAAGAUGCUUGGGCUUGUCAAGUCAAACCCUGCUCCAGCGUUGUCAAAGCAUGGUGCUGAUGACGUUGAUGCGCGAAAGAAGAAGCGCAAGGUACUCGGCGGUGGCAACAAGACCCUGUUUGAUGAUGAUGAUGAUGCCGAACCAGUGCCGAACCCGGCUAAGAUACAGAUGGGGGCUGGCCGUAGGGCGAAAGCACCGUUGGGAGGUUCUCGCAGUGCAUUUGGCGGAGCGACCUUUUCCCCUUUGAAAAAGGACAGGCGAGGAGUCGGUGCCAGUUUCCUUCACUAA